AGGGCAUUCUUGGUUGUGCGAUAAGCCCGCAGCAUGUGGCAUUCCUGCCAUGCUGCAUGUGGCUGGUAGAGGAGGAGCGGCAGACAGCUUGCAGCCUUGGGGUCGUUGGGGCGGAUGCAUGCACCCGGCCGCAUGCCCAUGCUGCCGCGUGGAGCUGUCAGGCGCACGCCGGGCGGCGAUGCCAGGCGCGGCGAGCCGAGCGGCGAGCCGAGCGGCUUGGAGGCGGUCGGCGCGCUUCGUUGCACGGCGCCACAUGUGCAGCACCAGCGCGGCAUGUUGAAUGGAAGGAUCAUGCUGCGCCAGCGUUUGCAGCCUCGCAGGUCGAUGGGCGCCGGCAGCUGGAGCACAGGAUCAACCUCGCCUGUGCCCUGCUGCGCAGCGGCCAGCGGGCUCGAGCCAAAGAGGUCUCAGAGGCAGCGCUGCAGGAGCUGCAGCUUCAGCAGCACUCGGGAGGCAGGCAUCCAUCACUUCCAGGUGAGCUCACAUCCUUGGAGUACGCACUCCGUGUCAAUCUGUCCUGCGCGUCUGACCCUGCGGCCAGGAAGAUGCACCUGCUGGAGGCAUCCAGAUUGGAGCCCUGGCGAGUUGAGGCAAAGUUCCACCUCGCGGCCGUGUUGGAAGAGGAGGGAGACCUGGAUGCUGCCCUUCAGGCCCUGCAUCAGGCCCUGAAGCUGGCGCCGGAGGAUUUGGGCAGCCUGGCGCUGGCUUGCCGGUGCCUCGAGCGCCUGGACCGCCACGCGGAGGCGCUUGCAGCGGCGGAGCAACUUUGCCGCGUGGAUCCGGCGUCCACGUUCCUGGCGCUCCGGGAGGUUUUCCGAUGCCAGCCUGAGGAUGUCUUUGUGGUGACAUUCCCGCGCUGCGGCACGACCUGGAUGGUUCAGAUCGCUGUGAGUUGCUUAUUUGACCCUCAUGCCAACUACGAAGAGCAUGCCACCUUCCUUGAGGGCAGUAUCGCCUCAUCUGCCUCUUACGUCCGGCGACUGGAGACUCUGCCGCGCCCGCGGGUGCUCAAAACCCACGUCCCUGCCGAGAUGUACCCGGGCCUCGGUGGUGAGGGAGGUUUGCAAGAUCAUGGGAAGGUCCUCUAUGUGGUGCGAAACCCGAAGGACGCCCUGGUCUCGCUCCGGCACCACCAUGCCAACAACAAGGCCAUCGGCUGGGAGGGCAGCUGGGAUGAGUGGGUGCGGCAGUGGCUGGCCGGCGAGAGGUCUGCAGAGUAUGGCGGCUCAUACUUUGAGCAUGUCAAGGGCUGGUGGCAACUCGCCAAGCAGCACCCGGACCGCGUGCGCAUCUUCUACUUUGAGGAGAUGAAGGCUGACCUCAUGGGGCAGGUGGCGGCUGUGAGCUCCUUCCUGGGGCGGCCGCACUUGCCGCUCGCAGAGGUUUUGGAAGCGUCAGCGUGUGUUACACGCAUGGCGGCUUCCGAGAUCCCAAUAAUGGGAGGAGAAUUUCUUGGCGCGCGACCAGAGCAUCCAGCAUCAAGGUGUGUGCAGCGUGCUCUUUUGACUCCAUGCGCGGCAGGCAUGAAGUGGCCGAAGACAUUCGAAGCCGUGUCAAUCCCAACCACUUUCGCGCUGGACAGGUUGGCUCCUGGAGGGAGGUGCUGACCCCGGCGCAGGCGAGCCUGGUGGAUGAGAUGACGUGGAAGCACUUGGGCCCCGAGAUCCGGGAAGGCUUGCGCAUCACAGACCUGCCU